AUGAGUCUACGACAAGUGCCUGCGUACCAGCAGGGAAACGCGGAAGCGACACGUGCACUCGCUGACGAAUCUGAUGCCGAGGAGGAGGCCCUCGCUGACGACUACCGUGAGCAGGUGCAAUAUGAUCAAGACGGGUUGGACGAUUUGGACCGGACAAGCUCUCUUGGUCAGGGUGGACAGGAUAUACAUGCACAGCUCGCGGCUGCAGCAACUCCUCUUGAAUUCCAGGCCACUCUAGAAACCAAGUUCGCAAGCUACGACAAUUACUGCAGUCUGUUCCACUACAUCCUGAACUCAGACGGUCCAGUGGAUCUGGAAGUUCCUUCGUAUUACUGGGCAUGGGAGGUCAUCGACGAGUUCAUUUAUCAGUUCAACAGUUUCUACACGUACCGACAACGAAUCGCACUAAAGGGCGACAACGAGGAGGAAGCCCAAGUUUUGCGCGAGAACCCGCAAACAUGGGCAUGCUACAGCGUCUUGAACGUGCUUUACUCGCUUAUUCAACGCUCGCAGAUCAGCGAGCAGCUACAAGCCAUCAAGAGGGGAGAAGACGCCUCCGCUGUUGCAGGAGAAUAUGGCAGCCGUCCACUGUAUAGGAUGUUGGGCUACUUCUCCAUCCUGGGUCUGCUGCGUGUGCAUUGCUUGCUUGGUGACUUCAGCCUUGCUCUUAAGACGAUGGACGACAUCGAGAUGAACAAGAAGGCCAUGUUCGCACGCGUCAUGAAUGCCCAUUUUUCAACGUACUACUACAUGGGCUUUUGCUACAUGAUGAUGCGACGGUACGCCGAUGCGAUCCGCAUGUUCAGCCACAUCCUCGUGUACGUCUCACGGACAAAGAACUUCUCCAAGAACGCGCAGUACGACAACAUCACAAAAAAGACGGACCAGAUGUACGCGCUUAUUGCAAUCUGCGUUGCUUUUUACCCGACUAGACUGGAUGACACCAUCCAUACUGCUUUGCGGGAGAAAUAUGGUGAGCAAUUCAACAGAAUGCAGCGGGGUGGACCAGAAUCGCUUCCUCUCUUCGAGGAAAUGUUUAGGAGUGCUUGUCCUAAGUUCAUCUCGCCCACACCACCGGACUUCGAUAACCCAGAGAUUAACAUCGACCCGAUUGAGCAUCAUCUGGCUAUCUUCAUGGACGAGGUCAAGAACACUAUGUGGUCACCUACGGUCAAGUCUUACCUCAAGCUAUACACAACUAUGGACCUGAAGAAGCUAGCUGGGUUCUUGGAGGUCGAGCCUGAGAAGCUAAGGAGUUGGUUGCUGGUGAACAAGCAGAGAAGCAGACAAGUCAGGUGGACGGAAGGUAGCCUGCUAAGCGGGGAGGUGGUCAACAGCAGUGAUCUGGACUAUGCGCUGGAAGGCGACUUGAUCCACGUGUCCGAGUCAAAGGUCGGCCGACGACUGGUCGAUUGGUACCUGCGAAACCUUGCAAGAACAUACUAG